UACAAGAACCCAACCCACAUGUUAACAAAACCCUGUAGGGUUUUUAAAACCACGUUUACGCCCAUUCUCAAAUCUCUGCCGCUUCGGCUAGGGUUUCACUCUCACUCUUAAUUGCUGCUGACGCUAACAACAAUCUCUUCUCUAGGUUUUCAAUUUGUUAUUCAUCGCUACUUUUAUUAUCCUUGAAAACUUUCUUUGUUAAAAAAUGGCAACAAUGAAUCCGUUUGAUCUUUUGGUCGAUGAUGAUAACGAUGACCCUAACCAGCUCAUUGCCAAGCUACCGGCGGCUGUUGCUCCUGCCGCCAAGAAAACGCCGCCUGCUAAGCCGGCUGCCAAGCUUCCUUCCAAGCCGCUCCCUCCUGCCCAGGCUGUGCAAGAGGCUAAGACUAAUGGUCAGAGAGGCGGUGGCCGGUUUGGUGGGCGUGGUGGUCGAGGUGGACGUGGGUUUAACCGUGACUCUGCUGCUGACAAUGAGAAUUUUUAUGGAACCAACAAUGGAAGUUACAGACCUUCAGAGGAUGGUGAUGUUGAGAAAACCUCUGAAAGACGUGCUGGGUAUGGUGGACCUCGUGGAGGGUACCGUGGUGGGCGUCGAGGUGGUUACACCAAUGGUGAUGCAGCAGAUGGAGAACGCCCCAGGAGGGUGUUUGAACGUCACAGUGGAACUGGCCGUGGUAAUGGUUUUAAGCGUGAAGGUGCCGGUCGUGGCAAUUGGGGAACUGCUACUGAUGAGAUUGCAGUUGAGCCUGAAGAAGCUGUGACUGAAGUUGAGAAGAAUGUGGAGGAGUCAGCUGGACAGGAAGAUGGAGUUGAUGCCAACAAGGAAAAUCCUGUAACUGAGGUAGAAGAGAAGGAGCCUGAGGAGAAGGAAAUGACACUGGAGGAGUAUGAGAAGGUUCUAGAAGAGAAGAGAAAAGCUUUGCAGGCACUCAAGUCUGAGGAAAGAAAGGUUGCUUUGGAUAAAGAUCUAGCAAAGAUGCAACUGCUCUCAAACAAAAAAAGUGAAGAGGACAUUUUUGUCAAACUGGGAUCUGACAAGGAUAAGCGCAAAGAGGCCGCUGACAAAGAAGAGAAAGCUAAAAAGUCACUUAGCAUCAAUGAGUUUCUGAAACCAGCUGAAGGAGAAAGGUACUACAGUCCAGGUGGACGAGGGGGCCGGGGACGUGGACGUGGGCCCAGAGGAGGAUACACUGGUGGAAACCAAAUGAACGAUGCUGCUGCACCGGCUAUUGGGGAUGUUGGUCAGUUUCCAUCGUUGGGGGUUAAGUGAGUUAACUAUAUAUCUUGCUUUGGGUUGGUUGUCAGAGAGAGAAGUUUACCUUUUUCUUUUAAUUUAUAAAACUUAAAUGGAGUUGUGUUUUGAGGUGUGUAAAUUGUUUAGUAUGGCCUUGGGUUGCUUUGUCAUGAAUCAUGUUGUAGGCCAUUUUGAGGUUAUCAUCAUUUUUAGCGCCUUGAAUUAUUUGAGUUGCUACUCAAUCCUCAGUUUUGAUUUUAGAAUUAUUUGGUAGUCCACUUUUACUUUGUGUU